AAUUAUUUUGACACUUGUUACCUAUUUUGAGUCAUUUUAAGUCAUAAUCUGUAGUAAACCUUUGAUUCUAACAGUGACAGAGAUGCGGAUCUUCACUCCGCUCUGUUUCCACCUGUGCUGGAUGCUGACUCUAGACCUCAUGCCGAUAACUUGCAGUACCAUCCAGUUGGGCAUGGUUGAAGAAUCCGUUGACGACAUGUACGAUGGCUGCAGUGAUAAAAUGAAGAACGUCCUCGACCAGAACUUCUCCAAAGAACGAAAGCACGUCGGCUGGACAACAAGCAACAGAUGUGCAGAGGACAAAUUAAAAGAAAGAAGUCCAGAGGACAUGGCUCUGACUAAAGAUCACCUGCAGGCUAUCUGUAUGUACACAGGCUAUGUUGGGUAUAAUGAGAUCAAUAAGGCCAUCAGGGAACAAAAAAACACAUACGGUACAUCAUUCCAGUUCCACAUUUUUCAUUUCUUUCUGACUACAGCCAUACAAAUCCUAAAACUUAAUCAAAACUGUCACACCACUUAUAGAAGAACUCCAGAUAAAUACGAAGGUCAAGUUGGCCAGACAAUCCGGUUUGGUUAUUUUGCUUCCAGCUCCAUUGAUUCAGACUUGACUCAGUUUGGUAAAGAGACCUGCUUUAAAAUUACAACCUGUUUAGGUGCAAAUCUGAAACAUUAUCCAACGCGUGAAGAAGCUGAGAGUGAAAUUCUUAUCCCACCGUAUGAGACGUUCACCAUCAAAGAAAAACUCUCAAAAAAGGAAGCACCUGCAGGUCUGACUGACUGUGAGAGGGUUUAUGUCUUGGAGAAUAAAGGAUACCAGAGCAAUCUGAACUGCAAGCUGGUUGGAAAGCUCUGUCUGCAUUGA